CGCGGCGUCACGCGUCGGGAGCUGGCCGUGAACCGGAUAAUAAGACAGGAGCAGCGGGCGUCAACCUUUACCGUGACGAUGUGAAAAAGAUAGCCCUUCCACCAAGUUUCAUCGUAAUUCAACUUUUCAUAUUAGUCACGGCUCGAAGAUGCCAUUUUUUCUUUGUCGAAGAUGCCCAAAUCGUGUAAAUAUAUAUUUUAGCAAAAACUUGUUGCUUAGUGGUUUGUUCUAUAAUUAGAAACUGAUUACAAAUACAAAAGCUAAUAGAAAUUCCCACAAACAUGUAACGAAAUCCUAAAGUUGAGAACCCCUGAUUGAUCUAAUCUCUCGCGACAGUUCCAAAGAACGUCACAGACCGUUCACAUAUUAAACAAACAUGCCAACUGCAGCAUACCCCUAUCAAGAUGUGGAUAACACUACUCUUCAUCGCGCAAGUCAGUUGUGAGUGGGUGCAGAUAUCUCAACAACACUAUCGGAAACCAUAUCGACCCUACGACCCUCCCUUCUUAACCGAAGAUGGUGAUUAUGACUAUGAAGAAGAUUCCACGUCAAAACCCAACACGAUGUAUACUAAUAAAUCUAUAGACGAUUAUAAAUGGACUCGUAGUGAUUUACCUCGUAAAGGUUUUGUAACGAAGGUAGAAGCUGAUGAAGAAUAUAUCAUUCGUAGUGAUAAAAAUACUGGUCUUAAUAAUGUUGACAGUGCCGUCAAAAAUUUCAAAGUUGCUAAUGACCGACAUGACAAACCUGUUAAUGAUAAAGAAGUAUCAACAAAAAAUCUACACAAUGAUGAGCAAGACUUACCGCAUACAGGUUUAAAAAUAUAUAGACCAGCUAUAUUAGAAUCACAGGAAGAUGUAUUUGAAGAAUCGUAUCAUGUGAUUCCUAAUAUGGGAAGCAUCAAAAAAGUACAACUUGAUAGUAGAACAGUAAGGACACCAAUUCUGAAUGAAAUGUCACGAAAGCAGUAUGGGACGAGUUCUUCACAUAAUAUGAAACCUCCAGUAAGUGAGAGGGCUAUAUUUUCUAGCAGACCCGUAAUAGUAUGGAAGAGUGACAACAAUACUAAAGCAGUGGUUCCAGGUAUUGUAGAAAAAGUAUCUAAAGAAGAUAUAAAACUAAAAUCAGUCGAAAACAUCUCAAGAUAUGAAGAGAUCCCAUUACAUGAUGACCAUUCAAAAAUUGGAAAGAUUUUUAUGACACAUGUGGUGCCAAGUAGUGAACGAAUGUCUGGAGAGUCGGAUAAGUUAAACCAGUUGCCUGAUAUAAAUUUUGAAAAGCCUGUUUUUGUUACGAAGGAAGAAUUUGAAGAUGAAGGCUUGGUCAGUGUUUCUAUUGAUGACACAGCUGCUGUAAAAACAACGGAAUAUAAUAAAAAAAGUACAAACGAAGCUUUUAAGCCAGACAUUAAAAAUAAAACAGAAGACUUACCGACCAACGAUAAAGUGAAUACGAUAGAAAAAGUACUAAAAUUCAUGAGGAUUGUUACUGACACAAUUUCAAGGAAUACACGCAGGAGCGUCGGCAGCAAAGUUAGAUAUUUGGAAAAUUUGCAGGAUACCAUUAUGGCUAACAUAGAGCACCGCAUCGACACCUUAUGGCCCAACGACGAUCACUCUCCAACCCAAUCAUCACGGAAAGUUCGGUCUGCGGAAACCAAGAGAGGGGGAGGACACGUGGAAUUCCCGUCCUCAGAGAGCGCUCUGAUGACAAUCUCCUUCCUCACAUUCGCUGUGUACCUCAUCAAGCUAGUUCUGCAAGUGAUACACACUUACAAGAACAAGGCUAUGAUGAUGACCCCUACGGUUGUGACUACCGUCGGCCGGACUGUCGCCGCAGUGUUUCGCCGAAAUGAAUUUCCUUAAUUGUCCUUAAUGAACUUAUAAAUAUAUUUAUACUUACAAA